AUGGCCUUGUCUGCCAAUACAAUCGCGAAUUUAAGAAACACUUUCGAUCAAGCCUGCUCAAAUGCUAACGGUCUACCUGGUGUCGUCGGAGUUGCUGUUGGCAGAGAUGGACAGGAGUUGUUCGCACACGCCGCGGGCCAACGCGGGGCGGGCUCGGAUGAAGCUAUGAACCUCGACCAUGUGUUCUGGAUCGCUUCGUGCACAAAGGUUGUGACCGGAAUUGCUUGUCGAGUCGCUGUGUCGGAGCUCCGGAAUAUCAAAGUGCUGCAGCCUGAUGGGACUCUUGUCGACAAGAAGCGUGGCAUUACGCUGAGGAUGCUACUGUCUCAUACUGCCGGGUUUGCAUAUUCGUUCUUUCAUCCGGGUCUUCGCGACUAUGGCAAACCCAUCGGAUGGAACGAGUUCUCCAUGCAUCGCAGCGAUAUGGCGCAGCCACUCGUUCAUCAGCCUGGCGAAGACUGGCAAUUUGGCCUUGGCAUCGAUUGGGCCGGCUUCUGUGUCGAGAGACUUACCGAUUUGUCCCUUGAGACGUACUUUCAUCUCCAUAUCUUCGAUCCGCUGGGAAUCAGAGACAUGUCAAUAUUUCCCAGCCGGAGCAUGAAAUCACAGCUGGCGUUCAUGAACCAACGUCGCCCAGACGGAAGCAUAAUUCCGCGUGACCAUCUCCUGCACCGGUCUCUGAUCGUCACCACGCCUGAAGAGAUAAGAAGCUGUGUGAACAGUGGAGGUGCCGGGCUCUUCGCUCAGCCGCGAGAGUAUGUGCAGAUUCUGGCGACGCUGCUGAACGAUGGCAUCUCUCCGAGGACUGGCGAACGCAUAUUGCAAAAGGCCACCGUAGAUGCGAUGUUCGAGAAUCAGAUACCGCAGUGGCCAGAGUUCGGUCGCAAGGGUAUACCGGCUGUGAAGCCAGACCUCACGAACACGGUACCAGAUCUAUACCCUGGGCAGAAGCAAGGCUGGGGUCUGACUUUUAUGCUCUCAGAUGGUCCGACCGGUCGGUCCGGUGGCACAGCACAUUUUGCUGGACUUCCGAAUGUUCCUGGACUUGUGGGUGCAAUUUGA